AUGGAAAACUCAAACAAUUCAUUUGAGGUUGAUUCCAAUGAAGUUCAUUCCACUGAUGGUGAUGAUGUCGACGAUGCUGAUAAUGCCGAUGAAGAUGAUUUGGCAGAAUUAGAUGCAGUUGAAGGCGAUGAUGAUGUCGACGAUGCUGAUAAUGGUGAUGAAGAUUAUUCGGCAGAAUUAGAUGCAGUUGUAGGCAAUGAUGAUGAUGUCGACGAUGCUGAUAAUGGCGAUGAAGAUGAUUCAGCAGAAUUAGAUGCAGUUGUAGGCGAUAAAAGGUAUGGUAAAUGCAAAGGUUUUUCCAUAAGGAAAAGUGAUAUUAGGAGUAAAUGGUCUGAAGACAGUAAAAUAAUAGUAAUGAGGCAAUUUGUAUGCAACAAGCAUGGCUUAAGAGAGGAUAAACACUUUUCUAGGUUAGAUAGGAAAAGAGAUGAGAGACGUAUUACCCGUACUAAAUGCUUAGCUAGGAUUUGUUUGCACUACAACGCCAAAAAGGGUAGAUAUGUAGUGUCAUUUUUUGAAGAGACUCAUAACCAUGAAUUAACCCCAUAUAGGUUUAUGCACUUACACCCCGUUUAUCGUCAAAUUUAUGAAGUGGAUAGAGCUCAGAUUGAUGGUCUUCAGUCACAUGGAAUUAGAACUUGUCAUAUAGUGGGGUACAUGGUUGCUCUGAAGGGUGGAUACGCUAGUGUUGGAUUUACAAAGAAAGAUCUGUACAAUUAUUUUGAUAAAAAAAUGCGUGACCUUAUUAAAGAUGGUGACAUUGCCGCUUCUUUAAAUUAUCUAAAUGUAAAGUCAUCUACUGAUCCCAUGCUAUAUGCAAAAUAUGCCUUCAGCGGUGAUGGACGACUGAGGUCUCUUUUUUUGGCUGAUGGGAGAAAUAGAUAUGACUAUUUUUGUUUUGGCGAUGUGGUUGCGUUUGACACAACUUACAAGAAGAACAAAUACAACUACCCAUUGGUUAUAUUUUCAGGGUGUAACCAGCACUCUCAGACAGUUAAUUUUGGUGCUGAGUUGGUAUCAGAUGAAACAUCAGAUACCUAUAAGUGGUUGUUGAGUUGUUUUUUAGAGUGCAUGGAUGACAAAUACCCACAAGCAGUGGUAACGGAUGGGGAUGGUGCUAUGAAGGAGGCUAUAAAACCGAUUUUCCCGAUGCAACCCAUCGGUUAUGUGCUAGAGCUAAUUAAAGAAAAUGGACUUGAAGGAAAUCCAUGGGUAACCAAGACGUAUGAGAACAAGUCACUGUGGGCAACUGCAUAUUUACGUGACAACUUUUUUGGACGUAUAAGAACUACAUCUCAAUGUGAAGCGAUUAAUGCAAUAAUCAAGAGUUACGUUAGGAAGAAAGGCUAUAUUUUUGAAUUUAUGCACAAUUUUGAUGAGGCUCUUAGACACUACAGAAACAAUGAACUGGUAGCUGAUUUUAAAUCCAAGUUUUUAGAAACGGCGUUGACAACUCACCUGCGUUUGAUUGAGAGCGAUGCCGCUAAAAUUUAUACAACCGAUAUUUUCAAAGAAGUUAAAGAUGAAAUUAUGAAGGCUGGUGCGUUGAUUGUUAAGAGCUUUGUAAGACAUGGUGAUGUGAAGAUGUACGUGUUGACAAAAUAUUGUACGGAAAACUAUGAAAGAAGAGUUGUUUAUGAUGGUACAAAAUUUCAAUGUUCUUGUAAGUUAUUUGAUUCUCGUGGGCUUCCAUGUUCUCAUAUUUUUUAUGUCAUGAAGGAAGAACAUGUUUCAAACAUUCCUUGUAGUAUGGUUCUAUCGCGCUGGGCAAAGGAUGCAAAAAUUGAAUAUUUGAACAUGGUUGAUAAUGGUACAGUAAAUUCAAAUUCGAUGGAGGUUGCCCGUUUUGGUUCAUACUGUUCUCUUUUUACCUCUUUUUGCAAAGAAGCUUCAAAGAAGAAUGGUGUUUAUGGGGAAAUAAUGGAGGACAUCAUGAAGUUACACAAAAAAUAUUGCAGUGCCGACGAUCAAAUUGGGACACAAAGGGAGGCGGUAGGUGAUCCAAUAACAGUGAAGAGUAAAGGUGCUCCGAAGAAAAAAAAGAAUGACACAAAAGCUGUGAGGCACUGUUCAAAAUGCAAUAGUACAACUCAUAAUGCACGGAAUUUUUCGAGAAAUGUUGAGUUGGAAUUGGUGUCAAAAACUGAUUCUUUAAGCCAAAUUCCUAAGGCACAAGCAGACAAAGCUGCCAGAUAA